GGCUGCGGCGUCGGCCCUGGCAGCGGCCGCUUCCGUUUCCGGGUCGCCCCGGUGGCGGGCAGUUGAAGAACUGUCGUCAUGGAGCUUCUGGGAGAGUUUGUGGGACGAGACGGGAAGCGGCAGCGGCUCCGAAUAACUUGCGAGGGGCCGAGUGAGUCAGGCCGCUUCCAGGGAUUGCUUUCGGGAUUGGCGCAGAUGAGGGAGCAGGUGACCGAGCUCCUCAAAACCGUGGAAGGAAAGGAGGCGCGGGACCCGGCGACGGCUGCAGGCUCCACCUCAGCCUCGGAGGGUGAAGACGAUGAGGCUGAAGAUGAAGAAAGUAACACUCAUAGCAAAAUUUGCUCAUCUGGACCACCUGCAAAACGGAUAAAACCCUUAAAUUUUGAUAAUAGUCUUGAUUGUAAUUUUGGAGUAAAAAAUUUUGGCUAAAUCUUAAUAUAAAUAUUUGGUAUAUUGAGAUCUUGCAAAAUUUGUACAUGAUUUUGGAAAUGCAUUUUUUUUAUCUUCUUGGCCACUCUGUCAAAGGAAAAUGUUUCUUCUGUGUAUUGCCAACAAAAAAAAAUAUGAUGAAUGUUUGGAAAUAAAAGCAGUCCUCUAGGGUGAGGAUAUCAUUCAA